AUGUGCAGAUAGAGGAGCAGAAUGGAGGAGAAUAAGACAGGUAUCUCUGAAUUCCUCCUCCUUGGAUUUCCUAUCAGCCCACAGCAUCAUGUACUGUUCUACAUUCUCUUCCUGAGCAUCUAUCUCACCACAUUGUUUGGGAACCUGCUUAUUAUCUUGCUGAUCAGACUGGAUUCUCAUCUUCACAGUCCCAUGUAUUUCUUCCUCAGUCACUUGGCUUUUACUGAUAUCUGUUUCUCGUCCGUAACUACCCCCAAAAUGCUGGUGAACAUGCAAUCAGGAAACCAGACCAUUCCCUACAAUGGCUGCAUCUCACAAACAUAUUUCUUCAUAUUCUUUACUGAUCUGGACAGCUUCCUGCUCACUGCAAUGGCUUAUGAUCGCUAUGUUGCCAUCUGCCACCCUCUCCACUAUAGCACACUCAUGAGACAGAGUCUCUGCAGCUUGCUGAUAGUUGGAUCCUGGAUUCUCUCCUUUGCCAAUUCCUUGACCCACACCCUUCUUCUGGUCCGACUGUCCUUCUGUGCAGAAAAUUCUGUCCCCCAUUUCUUUUGUGACCUAGCUGCCUUACUCAAGCUGUCCUGCUCAGAUACGUCUCUCAAUGAACUUACCAUGUUUACUGUAGGAACAAUAGUCAUUAUGUUUCCAUUAAUAUGUGUCCUUGUCUCUUACAUCUGCAUUGUUGCCACCAUCCUGAAAAUCCAGUCUAGCAAGGGAAUCUGCAAAGCAUUAUCUACCUGUGGCUCACACCUUUCUGUAGUGUUUUUAUAUUAUGGGACAAUCUUUGGCCAGUAUUUUUUCCCCUCAUCUGAGAAUUCAAAUAUCAAAGAUAUCAUUUCUGCUAUAAUGUAUACAGUGGUGACUCCCUUGCUGAAUCCCUUCAUUUACACUCUGAGGAAUAGAGACAUGAAGGGUGCUUUGAAAAGGAACCUCAAUGGAAUAAUGUUCUCCUCCAUGACAAUAACUCAUGCUUCCAAGCUAGCUUGA